UUUUACCCGCUUCAUCGAAGAGCCUCGCCUCUUCUCCCCCGCUUCGCGACCGAAACCCUCGGAAAAACCUCGAAAGCUGCAUCAAUGGCAUCGCCAUCUCCCUCUAUCGCCGACUGUUUAAAGCUCCUCAGAGGCGAACGAGACGAGCAGAAGCUUGCCGGCCUCCUCCUCGCCACCAAAUUCUGCCAAAGCGACGACAGAGACUCAAUUCUUCAGGUCUACAGUGCCGUCGGCCACCGGUUCCUCGAUCGCCUCUUGAUGACCGGAAUUGGGAAACGAGCUGGUGGUGGUAGCGUUAGAAGCGGAGAGGAGCGAGAGGCGUAUUUAAAGCUAUCGGUUACAGUUCUUGCUGGAUUCUGUCGUGUGCCGGAGAUCGCGUCGUCUAUGGAGAUGAUCUCUAAAGUUCCUGUUAUGGCAGAAGUUAUGUCAAAAUCAUCAGAUCAAUCCGUUGCUGAGGAGUGCUAUGAAUUUUUGCUGUUAGUAGCUGGCGCUUCUGAAAAAGGAAAGUCUAGUUUCUAUCAGCCUGGUGUGUUUGACAUGCUAGCCCCACAUGUCUAUAGUUUACAAAAUGAUUCUCAAUUAUUGGAACUUGCCAUGAGACUUCUGCAACUGGUGCUAAACGGCCUGCUCAUUGAUAUGAUUGAUGCUGAAAACAUAACAGGGUUGUCAUCCAUGGUAGCUGCUAUUUCUAGACAGUUUGCUGAGCUGCACAAUGCCUUCAAGUUUGAUGCCUUGCACUUGCUUUCUGUAGUUCUAUCUGCAAAAAUCACUUUACUUCGUGAUGCUCUGAGGUCAAUGCCAACUGCAACUUGGGCAUCUCAUGUACGUCUUGGCAUCACAGCAGUUCUACAAAAUCGUGUUGUUUCUAGAGAAAAGCUUCAUGCCCUUCUUCUGGCUGAGUCUAUGAUGUCAAUACUUGGUGAAGAUUGGCUGGUAGAACAGACUGAAAUGCAUGAUAACCAAAUCCAAAUGCCGGUUGACAAGUAUAUGUUACUUGUUCUUGAGACAGCAAGAGUUGAAGUUGCUGUUCUGCUCAAUGAACUUGCCUAUUCCAAAUAUGAAGCUUCAAAAAGUUCUGUUAAUAAUGAAUCCAUUCUGAUUAAGCAGCGAAAUCUGGCGAUUACAUUCUCAUUGAUAGAGAAGAUCAUUAAACUAAUUUCACAUGCAAGUGAGAUCAAAGGUAGCCCUCUCAGUGAAAGUACUCUGACUAAAGUUGUUGCUGGAUUAAAUGAGACAAUCAAUUUAGUUUUAGACUUUCUACAGGAUUCAAAGGAUCAUGGCCAACAUAGAGGGGAUGAUCUCUUAGCUGCUGUUCGAAUAAUCGGAAGUUAUCUUGCAGAAGCACCCUUUGCCUGUAAGGAGAAGAGUCGCGGUCUUUUGGAGUAUAUGCUUUUGAUUGAAGGAGAUGACGAAUCAAGACCCUUCUACUCCAUCUGCUUUUUGCUUCCAAUGUUGUGCCAAAUAACUGUGGAAACCGAAGGGUGCAAGCUCCUGGGAUCAUUUGGAGGACAUAAAAUUGUAGUAGAAUGCCUUAUACAAAUGAUUGGAAAGGAUGGAGCAGCAGUCGAAAAUUAUGGCACAAUAUUCUUGGCAUGUGAGACCAUUUUGAACAUUCUACUAAAGAGCAAGGAAAUUCAAGUGCAUCUAGAAGAUUUUCAACUAGUUCGCCUUCUGCAAGCACUGGCUUUGUGGACUGAGAAGAACAAUGAUCCAACCACGAUUAUGAUGGCUUCUUGCAUCUGCUCAUUGAUAUUUGCCUUAACAUCUGAGGAGUCUCUUUUAAAACGUUCAAAUCUCGAAGGCAGGACUCUUGAGGCCUUAUCACAAAUUAUUGCCAUAAGUUUUAGUCAGGCGGAGCUAAGUUAUGACGUAGGUGAACACUUGGAUCUCCAUGAAAUCGUCACUGCAGCGUAUUCUCAAUGGUCUGACCGGUAUCCUCUUGUUAGAACUGCUGUUGAGCGUGCUCUUAACUUGGGAUAAUUACAGUAUUCAUGUUGAGCUGGAAACUAUUUAUCUGAUGACGCGAAAGGAGAAAAGUGACUUUGCAUAGCCAUCUUUUCAGCCCGUUUUAUCGAUAAUUACAACUUUCUACUGAAAAGGUGCUGCUGAUAUCCUAGGCUGCCGAUAUCUUCAAUCGGGCUGUGAAGGCUGAUGAUAUACGCCUAAUUGCAUCAGAAUACCUUUGUCUGCUGUAUAUAAUGUACAUGAAUGGAUAUGCAUGUAACAAUUGUGUUAAGUUAUUGGAUUACUUGUUGGGGAUACGUAUGAUUAA